AUGGGGACUCAAGCCCAAAUCGCCUUCUAUUCUUCGGUCGCUUUGAGAGCCGUGUCGUACAUCUUUCUUCGAUGGGCGGCUGUGCCUCUGAGCAUUUACACACUGUUUGUUGUGUAUGUGCCUUCAUUCAUUUCGGGCUAUUUUUCAGAGCCCAAGUAUGACGUCGUGGAAGACGAUGUCGAUGUCUCGGUGAAGGAGGCUUUGGUGCAAGACGAGAACGGAGACGGCCAAGAUGAACAAGUUGUCGCUGAAGAGAUCCGAAUUGAGGAGACCAUCGUCGUGAAGGAAAGGUCACGACCUUGGGUUACUCUUCUGGCCGGCUCACCCAGCCCGAGCAGCCCUAUUUUGUCAAUCUUGACGUUCCUCAUCAACGCCGCGCUGAUUGCCAUGACCACCGACUUCUUGUUUCGCGUUCGGCAGUACCACCCGGUCGAGGACCUCUCAUUCGUGCGCCUGGGCUAUGUUUCCCCCUCGGAAGCCAAGUUCGUCUUGCGCGAGCCUGAUCAAGCCAAGAUGCCGGUCACCAUUGAGAUUCACAUCAAGGACCCCCAGCCUCCUUUCGACAACCCCCUGUGGCAGAUUGGCGGCGGCUUGAGGUACACCGACAACACCACUGACUUCACAGCUACUCUGACCGUCCCCUUGAAGCAUUCGCAACAGAGAAUCUACGAGUGGAAGACUUCGAACAACCACAGCGGAGAGUUCGUCGCGCCGCCUAAGCCGGGUCAGAUGUCAGCUUUUGCCGACAACAAGUUCACUUUCCUCUCGACUUCGUGCAUCCUUCCUCGUUUCCCAUACAACCCUCUCGAGCAUCCUUUGGCUAUCCCAGGAAUGCGCCACCUCGCCAACAUCUUGCCAAAGCUGCAGGCGCAGUUCAUGCUGUUCCUCGGCGACUUCAUCUACAUCGACGUUCCCAAGCGACAGGGGAAGCAUGAGGAAGACUACCGUCAGAAAUACCGCCACGUUUACGCCUCCCCCGAUUGGGCUCCAGUUGGACAGAACCUCAGCUGGAUUCACGUCCUCGAUGACCAUGAAAUUGGGAACGAUUGGGACCUGAACACCACCGGUGUCUACCGGGCCGCCAUUGAGCCUUGGCACCACUACCAGGAGCUCGCCAACCCUCCUCCUGCUCGCGUUGCGGGCACUACCAACCUGCGCAGAGAGGGUGCAACCUAUUUUGACUUCGUGCAAGGCCCGGCUUCUUUCUUCUUGCUCGAUACUCGCUCUUACCGAUCCACCAACUCCUUGCCUUUCGAUCAUCCGGAAAAGACCAUGUUGGGCGCCCAGCAGCUGGAGGACUUCAUUGACUGGCUAAACCGUCCUGAGCCUAAGGGCGUCAAGUGGAAGAUUGUCGCCUCUUCGAUUCCUCUCACUAAAAAUUGGCCGGUCAACACUCGGGAUACCUGGGGUGGUUUCCUUGUCGAGAGACGCAAGGUGCUGGAGGCAAUGUGGGAUGCUGGAGCACGGGGUGUCGGUGUCGUGGUUGUGUCCGGUGACCGGCACGAAUUCGCAGCCACCAAGUUCCCUCCACCAGCUGGCGGAAGGUGGCCUGAAACGGCUGCCGCCUACGAGUUCUCCUGCAGUCCUCUCAAUCAAUUCGCUUCGCCAUUGCCGACUUACAGACAGUACGAUGAUGAGGACGUGGCCCUGAAGUACGUUCACUCUGGCAACUCCAAGUUCGGCUCUCUGACUAUCGAGAACUUGGCCGAGGGUGCACAGAGCAGUUUGAAAUACAGCUUGUUCGUCGAUGGCGAGGAGACUUGGAACACGAUGAUCUUGGCACCUCCUGUUGUCGGUGGCGACACGUCGUCUUCCUUUUGGAUUUACCGAGGUUUUGCAAUGGCAGACGACGCCGCGGGGGUGUCGACUCCUUACGGUGGAACUUACAAACGGCCCCUGAGGACGAGAACGCGUUCGGGAUGGUAUGAGUUGAUCCUUGGAAGAUGUUGGAUCAAGUGGCUGACUGCCGAAGAAGGCGAUGGGGCCCGUCCCAGAUGUCGAAAUUGCGAGUUCCGAGGAGACGGAUGCGCAUGGGGCGUCAAAGUCUCCUUUCACCCGUCGCGAGCGCUUACCCUUUCUGCUGAAGAUGAAGCCAGUCUGCUUGACGUUGAACAGCAGAGGCGGGCCGAUACCACAGAACAAGCAGAUGCGGACAAGCCACAUCAAUUCGUUGAUGACACGAACGACAUCGUAGAAUUCUUCGAGGGUGAUUACGUGACACCAUCGUCACCAAUCUCUGACGUCGACGACCCUAUUGCCAACCACGAACCCGAAUCGCAGUCUGAUACCGAGUCACACACAGUGCCUUUUGUAGAAUCUACAACUCCAGAUGAUGAGAACUUGGCUCAGGGCUCAUGGAAAGCGGCAGAAGAGGCCCCCGGCCUAAACGCGCGCACGCAACAACAGAUUCUGCCCCUCAUCACGGCAGACACUAGCAACCAAGCCCCAGCGUUGCACCCCGAACCGGUCGUAUCAUACACGGCACCCUUUUCUCUAGGCCAAGCAAUAUUCUCAGAUGCAGCACCACUGCCGGAUCUCGACUUACCCCUAUCCAAGACCGAGCAAGCUCACCUCAUGAUGGCUUACCUCCGUGAAACCGGCACGUGGUGUGAAACGACCGACUCCGAAAAGCACUUUACUGUCAAAAGCAUUCACUCCAUGAUGGAUUCCAGAGCAUUUGUGGCUGCUGCUCUGGCCCUUUCUUCACGCCAGGUCGACACACUGAGAGGCAGGCAGAGACAGACUGCCUUGGAGUUGUAUCAGUACACUAUCCGACUUUUGAUUUAUCAAGAUCCGUCGGAAGCCGACACCUCCAUCCUGGCGACAUGUACACUUCUGUGUGUAUACGAGAUGAUGGCUUCCAGUGUCUCAGAAUGGAGGCGCCACCUGAACGGAUGCGCCGGGCUACUGAAAAGCCGUAACUGGAAAGGAUGCAGUAAAGGAAUCAUCAAAUCAUGUUUUUGGGCUUUUGCCAGAAUCGACAUCUGGGCAGCCUUCAUCAUUGGGCAGACGACUCUCCUUUCUACCACCUGUUGGGUUGAGAACGAUUCUAUCCCGGCGGUAUCCGCAGCUGCCGCUGCGAGCGGCGACAUUGACGAUUAUUGCAACCUAGCCAUAUUGAUAUUCGCCAAGAUCAUCAACCUGAUUGCUCACAACCCACCUUCGCCCAGGAUUUCGGCGGCUCAUAGAGUUACCAUGACUGAAGAUCUGUGGAAAGAUUUGAGUAUUUGGUGGAAGUUUCGACCGAGAGAUGUAUGCCCGCUUUUGAGGGAAGAGCCUCGAGGGAGUGGGAACCCCUUUCCCACUAUAGUAUUUACUACGUCGGCCGCAAGUAAGUUUCGGUUCAUCAUUGAGGAUUUGAUGCUUGAAAAUGACAUUGAUGAGUAUGUGGAAACACAUUCUUCCAUGCGGGCUCUAUUCUCUUACUCGAGACUGGUCUUUUCGACAGAAAAGGAGUUGUCUGAUCCGAUAUGGCAUGCUAGGGAAUUGGGCGGGUUGUCAAUCUCAAAUGACUCCCACGCCAACUGGGUAAACCACUUGCAGCCCCUUUUCAUCGCGGGCCGGGCACUUGCCAACACCUCUCGCUGGGGAGGACGCCUGCUAGAAGCACAGCCAGCUGACACUUACGACGACUGUUUCGGAAAUGGCGAGGAAUACGCCCUGGAGAAACUGGCGUUGCUGAAGCAACUGGCCAGGAUCGAGAAGGAAACAGGCUGGAAGACAUCCGACAGAUCUGCAGAGUUGCGACGACUCUGGGGGUUCGCAUGA